AUGCUAGAAUUGUAUGAAGCUGCACACUUUCAACUACAUGGGGAAAAUAUAUUAGAAGAAGCCCUUUCCUUCACUACAUUUCAUCUGAAGUUGGCAGAAAGUACGGUAGACUAUCCUCUCUCCACACCAAUUGCUACUGCUCUAAAGCGACCCCUUUCACAAGAGCUUGCCGAGAUGAAACGACAAUGUCAAGCUUUCUCUGUUGAGGCCAAAUGGUUGCAUGAAAAUUACAUACCAACAAUGGAGGAGUAUAUGCCGAUUGCAUUAGUUUCUUGUGGUUAUUUGCAUCUUACGAUUUCAUCUUUUGUUGGAAUGGAAGAUAACAUAACAAAAGAGACAUUCAAUUGGGCAUUUAAUGACCCUAAGAUUAUCAGAGCUUCAAGCAGUAUUUGUAGUCUGAUGAGUGAUAUUGUUGAGAAAGAGAGAGGACAUGUUUCCUCAGCAGUGGAGUGUCACAUGAAACAAUACAGGGUGUCAAUGGAAGAGGCAUACGAUGUGUUAUACGAACAAAUAAACAAUGCAUGGAAAGAUAUAAAUGAAGAGUUCUUGAAACCAACAGCAGCACCAACAUCAGCUCUUAAUCGAAUUCUAAACCUUGCAAGGGUCAUUGAUCUCCUUUACAAGGGCGAAGAUGCUUAUACGCAAGUUGGUGAGUCAGCAAAAACUAGCAUCACUGCCUUGCUGAUUGAUAGAAAACUUAUCAAAAUCUAUUCUUAUCUUUUCAACUAG